AUGUCGGCGAAACACUUUAUCAAUGAUCCUACCAAGUUGGUCGACUCGGCCCUGAACUCGGUUACCCUCACCAACCCCAACGUCGCUCUUGAUCCGGACCACAAAAUCGUCUACCGCCGUCCAAAUGACUCUCAUCCACCCCAAGUUUCCAUCAUCUCGGGCGGCGGAUCUGGCCAUGAACCAUCAUUUGCCUCCAUGGUGGGACCGGGAAUGCUCAGUGCUGCCGUCGCUGGGACUAUCUUUGCGAGCCCCUCUGCCGAACAGGUCCGUCGGGCCAUCACCUCGCGCGUGCAGACGGCUGAGGGCAUCCUCGUGGUUGUGAUGAACUACACAGGCGACGUGCUGAACUUUGGCAUGGCGGUAGAGAAGGCGCGCGCCUCGGGGACCAGGGUGGAGAUGGUCGUCGUGGGCGAUGAUGUUGGCGUGGGACGGACAAAGGCCGGCAAAGUGGGACGACGAGGCAUUGCCGGCACGGUGCUUGUCCUGAAGAUUGCGGGAGCGCUGGCCGCGCAAGGCAGAUCGCUGGAGGAAGUGAGCCAGGUGGCUAAGCUUACGGCUGACAACCUGGUCAGUGUUGGCGCAAGUCUGGAGCAUGUCCAUGUGCCUGGGCGCGACCUGACGCAGGAGGACAAGCUCGAGCUAGGAGAAGUCGAGAUUGGAAUGGGUAUUCAUAACGAGGCUGGUUCCGGCAGGGGCAAGAUGGAUUUGCCAGAGCUGGUGAAGAAGAUGCUCUCGCAACUGCUGGACGCCUCCGAUGCGGACCGCGCAUUUCUCAACGUCAACUCUAACGAAUGUGUUUUGUUGGUGAACAAUCUUGGCGGAGUCAGUCCACUUGAGCUCGGUGGCAUCACAGCAGAGGUCGUGUCACAGCUACGGGAGAACUGGUCGAUCCAGCCUGUUCGCAUCCUGGCUGGCACGUUCAUGACCAGCCUGAACGGGCUCGGAUUCAGCAUUUCCUUGCUCAACGUCGUCAAUACGAACAUUGGCGGCCCCAGCAUGAUUGAGCUUCUCGAUGCCGACAGCGAAGUCACCGGGUGGUCCGCGCCGAUCAAGAAGACGACCUGGGAGGCAAAGAACAAGGCAGUCUUGACUGAAAACGCUGAGGAUUCUGCGCAACAGGCAAAGCCAAGUGGUCUCAAAAUCGACCCUCAGGUCGCCACGAAAGCACUGACUACAGCCCUCCAGACGGUUAUUGCUGCUGAGGCAGACAUCACACGGUAUGAUACAGUAGUUGGGGAUGGGGAUUGUGGCAUUGGCCUGAAGAGAGGAGCUGAGGCGAUCCUCAGUCACAUCGACAAGCAGCCAUUGCGCGAAGACAUUGUCAGCAGCCUUGCUUCUAUUGUCAAUGUCGUCGAGAAUGUCAUGGAUGGCACAUCUGGUGCCCUCUACGCUAUAUUCCUCAAUGCUCUUGUCAAAGGGCUGCAUGAGCAGGGACCAGGCGAUGCUACGCCAGAAGUGUGGGCCAAAGCCCUCAAGCACAGCUGUGAUGCGCUGUCCAAGUAUACACCCGCUCGGCCGGGAGACCGGACCCUCAUCGACGCCCUAUAUCCCUAUGUUGAGACGCUAGGCCAGACAGGUGAUGUGAAGAAGGCUGCCGAUGCCUCAAGGAAGGGGGCCGAGGGCACCAAGGGAAUGAAAGCAAGCCUUGGAAGAACUGUGUAUGUUGGUGGCAGUCUGUAUGAGGAGGUCCCCGAUCCAGGGGCUUGGGGUCUUGCCUGCUUCUUUACCGGCCUAGCUGGUCAAAAGCCCAACGAAGAAGGCUGGGAGAGCAUUUGA